UUCGCAUUAAAAUCAGAAAUUUGUAAUAUUGCAGCCCUGGCGCUGGCAGCCGAACAGCUGGACAUUCACCCUAACCCCACAAAGGACGCAUGAAGUAGUGCUAGGAUCUCCACCAGUCAGUCACAUAUACCCGCCAUGAACAAUUUGAUGCGUCGAGCACAGAACGUGCAGCUCUGGCGAAAAUAUUGCGUAAAACAAUACACCACAGAAGCCGCAUCCGCAUCCUCGCCCAGAGGCAAGCCCAACUAUGACGAGUUUAUUGGCGGCCGUCAGGUCCAGGCUCAGCGCAGCAUCGUGGUCCAGGUCAGCUCCGAGAAGUCCUACUCGGAAUUGUAUAACUACUGCAGUCGCUUUGGUGCCAUUGUGGGGGCGCACCACUACUGCGUGCGGCAUGACGACGAUCUGCACUACAUUCUGCUGGAGUACUCCACAGCCCACGAGGCAGCGGCUGCCAUUGACGCGGGCGCCACCAAUGGUGAGCUUAGCGGGGUACCCGUACGCUCGCCCUUCCUCUGGUUCAAGGCGGCACCCGGCAAGCGUGGCCCCAAACUCGCAGCCAUCGCCAACAACAACAACACCAGCCAGCAGCCGCUCAGAGAUCUGCUGUCCGUGGACGGCACCAGGCAGCUUGACCAGGCGUCUUUGCUCAGCCAGCUGCGCGGGGCGGCGAGCAUCGAGCAACAGGUGCAACUGCUGCAUGAGCACACCCAGCUGAACGAUCUCGGGGUGCGCAUGCGCUUCCUGGCCGCCCUGCAGGUGCAGCAGGCCAUAUCUGGGAUGUUCCCCGCCGCGCAGGCCCAUCCGUUUGGCUCCUCGGUAAACGGCUUCGGCAAGAUGGGCUGCGACCUGGACCUUAUCCUGCGCUUCGACAGGGAGACUGGCGGUCGCAGGCACACGGAUAGCGAGCAGCCCUCGCGGCUCAUCUACCACACCAAAGAGAACCUAAGCAACGGACGAUCGCAGACGCAGCGGCACAUGGAAUGCUUUGGCGACAUGCUGCACCUCUUUCUGCCCGGCGUCUGUCAUGUGCGGCGCAUCCUGCAAGCCCGAGUGCCCAUCAUCAAGUACCAUCACGAGCAUCUAAAUCUGGAGGUGGAUCUCUCCAUGAGCAACCUCUCUGGCUUCUACAUGUCCGAGCUGCUGUAUAUGUUCGGGGAGAUUGAUCCGCGAGUGCGUCCGCUCACGUUCAGCAUUCGACGCUGGGCGCAGGCCAGCGGACUGACGAAUCCCUCGCCUGGGCGCUGGAUCAGCAACUUCUCGCUGACCUGCCUGGUCAUGUACUUUCUGCAGCAGCUGCGCCAGCCCAUACUGCCCACCAUUGGAGCACUGGUGAAGGCGGCCGAUGCGUCUGAUGUGCGUGUCACCGAGGAUGGGAUCAACUGCACCUUCGGCCGGGACCUGGAGCGUGUGGGCUUCCAGAGCCGAAACACGAGCUCGCUGAGCGAGCUGCUGUUGCAGUUUUUCGAGUUCUAUUCGCAGUUUGACUUCCACAAUCGGGCCAUCUCGCUGAACGAGGGCCGGCAGCUGUCCAAGCCGGAUCACUCGGCCAUGUACAUUGUGAAUCCGCUGGAACAGCUGCUGAACGUCAGCAAGAACGUGAGCCUGGAGGAGUGCGAACGGCUGCGCAUCGAGGUGCGGAAUGCCGCCUGGAUACUCGAGUCGGAGGUGGAGAACUCAUCGCUGCCGGAGAGCGAACGCCAGGAGGAGACCUGGGGCCUGCUCAAUCUCUUCAAGCAUCCAGAGAAGGCCGUCAUUCGGCCCAAUAUGUUCUUCAAGCCGCGCAUGGUCGAGGUCAGCGAUCUCUUUGAGGAGAAGCUGCUGCAGCAGCAGCAACAGUCAACGACAGGCCCAGCCUCAGCCGGUGGAGCGGAGGCGGCAGCGGCGGCUCCCCCUGUUGUCUAUAAAAAUGUCUCGGUGCGGCAGCAGGUGCAGAGCAUAAAGGCGGCAACGCGCACAGAAUUAAAGCAGCUGCGUGGUUCCUCCAGUGCGGCGGCGGCGGCAGCAGCACCCAGUCACAGUGCCAGCACAAAGAACAGGCGCAGCAGGUGAUAGGACACAGAUGUCUACAGCCGCCCCCCUGUGUACAUACGUAGAGUUAGUCUGACCCCGUGACCCCUGCUGACCUGGCACUUAAUUUAAGCUUAAGCCGGCUAAACAGAAACUGAAACUGAAUACUGUUCAAUAUUGUUAAUCUUCCCAUUAAGGUAGCAUAAUACCACACUCGUUCGUAAGUCUAGGAUCCACAAAACACACGAAAAUGUUGAGUAUUUUAAUCACUUUUUUUAUGAUAAAUAAAAACCAAAAUUAUCAG